CGUAAAUCCAAAAUAAUUUAACUUAACAUUUUCUUUCCAGCACUUCGAACAAUGUAAAUAACUUCUGUAUUCUAAUAAUGGCUUGGAUGCUUUUAACUAUCGGACUAUGUAUUAUAGUGACUGCUUCACUAAGAUAUAGCAACGCAUACGAUGACAAUACAAGAAAAGAAAGAUCAGAUGAUCAAAAUUAUAUGCACAACAUUGACAGUAAAAAGGAAAAUGAAGAAAAUUUUGAAUUAUCAUCACAAGUGCAACGGUAAAAAAUUCUAUAUAAACUAGAAACAAUAUAUUAUUAAAAUUUGAAAUAUGUGUAUAUAAUUAAAAUUUCAGUAAAACUUCUUAUAAUAUAUCCAGUACCAGCGCGAUCGGAUGCACGGAAAUAUCUUGUAGAAUUUCCUGUUCAAACAACAAAGAUGUAUACGGAGACAUAUCUGCUGUAAUGAACUCGAGCUCGUGUGAAAUUAUCACAUCAAUAAUUAUCUCCAAUCAAUUCAGACAUUGUCUUGAAAACAAUUGGAUAUAUAAAGAUGUGGAUGUGUUAGAUAUUAUUAUAAGCAACAGCCACUUGACUGAAAUCAAAAACGCUUCAUUUAACGUACCUUUAUUUGCGAAGGUGAUUCACAUGUCCUGGGUAAACCUGAAACUCCAAGAAGUCGACAGUGGAGCUUUGCUUGGUUUAUACUCGUUAAUAAAACUGGAGAUAGAUUCGAAACUUCCAACCAUGAGUAGGACAUUUUUACAGCCAGUGCAGACCACGCUAACACAUCUGAAAUUGAAUGUUCAAUUAAUAUUUUACAGUAACUUGACUCUUUUUGAGAAUAUUUAUCUUGAAAGACUAACUUAUUUGGACCUCAGCUACAAUAGAUUUCUUGGUCCUCUUACCAGGCAAAUAUUCAAUGCCGUGCCUAACACAACUUACCUCUACUUACAGCAUUGUGCGAUAACUGCUAUAGAAGAUAAUGCUUUUAAUGAUAUAGCUCAUAAUUUAAAGAUUGUUAAUUUGGCAAAUAAUAUGCUUUCUACUAUCAGUUCUAUUGUGCUAACUGGAAUUAAUCCUAUAUAUAUUGAGCUUGAGCCCAACAAUUGGCUUUGCGAUUGUGAACUUUUGUCCUUGAUACAUUUCGUCUCUAAGCACUCUAGGCUAUUUAUAAAUGUGCCAUAUUGUCGCAUGCCCUACUACUUUUUUGGUAUACUCUUUAACGACCUAGACAGCAGUAAAAUAAAUUGUUCUACAGGUAAUGAACCUAUUACUACUACCCAAAAAACAUAUAUUUCAACUACGACUGCUGAGAAAACAAAUCAAACUACAACAGGCUGGCAAGAUGAACUUUCAACACUAACUACAAUAGGGAGUGGUAAAUACACUGGUUCUUUUACAAAUGAAUAUGCUUACAGUCCUAUACUACAGUUUAGUUGUUCCCAGGCUGUUGAUUUAAAUGAAAGUGUGCGCCUUACUAACCAUUCCCAGAGAGGCAUAAACACAAAUAAAGUCGAACCAAAUCAAGCAAACUAUGCCAAUGGCAUUUUUGUUUUUCAACCCCCCACCUAUGACCUCUAUUUAGAGUUAUCAGAUGACCUUAGUCUACAAGUACGAAUUGAUAACUAUAAUGAUGCAGACCAGAUAAACAUUAUUUGGUUCACAGAACUGUUCGAUAGCAAUAAAGAUGUAUUUGAUGUAGAUUACACAUACAACUGUAUGCAAUAUUCUGUCCCGUUUUUAACCAUUGCUUCACUUCAUGGAAAUCAUACAUAUACUUUUUGUAUGAUGCCGACAGAUAACGUAGUUAUUUCCCCGCUCUUUUGUCAACCACUCUAUGUACCUAUGGUUGGAGAGAAAACUCAUAAUGCGACGGAUUCCAUUCAAAACACUAGCAAUAAUAAGCAGUUUUCGGUCGCCAUGCUGGUCUUAAUUCUUUUUGUUUCCACAAUUUUUGGAGCAAUAAUUGCAUAUCUUGGUAUCAAAGCCUACCCGGAUCUUUUAGAGGGCUCAAAGAACGUAUUAAUAAUUAAAAAGUUGGAUAAAACAUGCUAUAUAUCAACAAUAACAGAAUCCGAAUACACAAUAGAUGAAAAAAAAAGAAAAUACUUUGGUGCAAAAAUUUUCAAUGAUAAUCAGCAUCCUUUUUCAGAAGAAACAGUUGUGGAUACUAGAAGUGUUCUAGGCAAGGUUUAUAAAGUAGACGAGUAUGAAAUGCCUAAAGAACUGGAUUAUUCAAUAAAAGAGUAUAGUGAACUCAGUUAUGGAAGUACCCUCACCAUUCCCCCACCAUUACCAAAGCGUAAUUCUAAUAAUUUAAUAUUCAAUUAAAACAAGAAAUAAUAAAAGUUCACAAUGGAUUAUUGGAUGGGUAUAUUGGAAAUUGCGUCAUAGAUAUUCAUUAACAAAUUUAUAGAUGUUAAAUUUAACAUGAAAUUUGCCAUCCCCAACAGUUAUUAACAUUUAAAAUGUCAUGUACCAGCAAAAACGACAACGAUCAAAUGCUCCUAAAUGUUCAGGACAUAGUCUUGAGGUGAAUAGAUCAUUAAUCGUUGUGCUGUGCCAACUAUUCAACAAGCAAGGUAGUCGAUUGUAAAUAGCAAAAAAGGUGAGGCAUUUCAACUUCAGCGUCACGUGAAUCAGUCCUUUUUGUAUUGUUGUCUGUCUUGUUGACCCCACCAGGCGUUUAAUUUAAAACUAUCGAUUAUUUGUGGCGAAACAUCGAUGUUUAGUUGUAUGUCUUGUCCCGUCUCUAUGAAAGAAAAAACUAAAGAGAGAAGGAGAAGCACGAGAGGUACGCACUUGGUUGAGCUAUUUUAUUUUCGUUGUUAAAACAAUCUUUUAAAUAUAUAGGUGG